CUGUAACGACUCGAACCAUCACAACUAUCGUUGUUUAAGCUCUCGCGGGCCACAUAAAAUGACGUGGCGGGCCUGAUCUGGCCCGCGGGCCGUGAGUUUGACACCCCUGCUCUAGAGUCUAAGCAUGGAUGGUUAUCUGACUUUCUCUGAGCCAGCCAACAUCAGCUCACCCGAUCCGAACCUUGGCAUCGACAUCAUUGCUCCAUUUUGGAGUUAUUUUGAAUCUAACACUGGAAUGAUAACAUACAGCCAAGAAACGGACGGUCCUCUCCUGGAUUCAGCUACAACAGCGAUUAAUCAAGCCUUCCCUGAUGCUAACUUUAAUGCUACGUUUGUCUUUGUUGCUACUUGGGACAAAGUGUCUUAUCGAAUAUUUACCGGGGAUGCGUCAUUCCAAGUAGUUUUGGUGUCAGAUGAUGAGGACCACUCUUACAUCCUGCUGCACUAUGGAACCAUUUCUGAAGUUCCUAAAGGUGACUGGCUGGCUGGACAUGGCAUGAAGGAUAACGACUUUCUCAGUAUUGAAUCACUCAAUCCUGCUCACCUCUGUGAACUUACUAACGUCAACAUCACUGGUCGCUGGGCUUUUGAAGUUUCCACUAAACCUUAUGCUCCUGAUGUUCCUGAUAUUUUCUAUCCAUUCUUUUAUGGAAAUUAUUUUGACCCUAUUGCCAGUACUGAAAUCUCCCAGGAGGUGAAACUGAACCAGUCCAUCUGGAUCUUCAGACACCAGCAGAGCUCAAUAUAUGUAAGCUGGAAUGGUUUUCUAAGUUCCUCUGCUCCGGAUGACAUAAACGACAGCACUUAUUUAAUCGUUCCGUUCUGGUCUAAAUUUAAUAAAGACAAUCAUUCAAAAGUUGCUUAUGAAGAAGUCACAAAGGGUCACCGUCUCUCCCGAGCAACAAAAGAUAUUUCCGUCAUGUUCAAGAAAGGCUUUUACGAUUCUACCUGGACGGCUUCCCGGCUCUUCAUCGCCACCUGGUUCAUGAUGCCAUUUGAGAGGAGCACAGGAAAUGCGACGUUCCAAGUCGUCCUGGUUUCUACUGAAGGACAGAAAACUUUUGCUAUCAUGAACUAUGGAGACAUCUCUUCUACAUAUGAACCAUGGCAGGCUGGCUAUUUAUCUGCAGACGAAAGCAACAAGUACUUCAUUAAUGAACUGGACUCUGCUAACCUGUCGUCAACGUCUAAUGUCAAAACUCCUGGUCGCUGGAUUUUUGAAAUCGAUGGUAGACCACCAACACCCUGUGAGAUAGUGCCCUGUGUUGAGGACGAGGUGUGUGUGGAGAGGUACGGACACACUAGCUGUGCCUGUGCUAACUCCAACGAAAAACCAAACCCCGACACUUUUGAUGCCACUGAAACAUGUGUUGGCAGCAACAGUUCACUGUCCUUGUCCUACUGUCAGAUCUUUGAUGCUGGAUACAUUCCUGAGACCCUCCACCUGUAUGACCCGUCGUGCAGAGGGAUAAAAGAAAAUAACCGGCUGGUUUUCCAUUUCGACAGCCAUCACAACCUGUGCGGCACGAAUCUGACGCAUAACAGCACACACUUCACCUACAUCAAUGCUGUCGGGACGAGCGAUAAGCCUCUGGGUUUGAUCAGCCGUUCCGGCGGUCUGAACAUCGCCUUCUCCUGUGUGUACCCACUCAUCCAGAGCAUCUCCAUGCCCAUGGCCAUCCAAACCACAGGAAGUGUGGUCAGUAAGGAGCUUUCCACCGAGGGUACGUACACCAUCCGCAUGAUCCCCUACGAGGACCAGGGAUUCCAGUAUCCUUUCUCUGGUAACGUGACAUUAGAGGUGAACCAGCAGGUCUACGUUGGCGUGACCGUGGAGGAAUUUGACCAAGAACAGAUCGCUACUGUGCUGGACAGCUGCUGGGCGACUCCUGUUGAUGAUAUCAACUCUUACCCCCGCUGGGACCUGAUCACUGGAGAGUGUCCCAACCCUGCUGACAGUACAGUGGAGGUUCUGCAAAACGGCGUCUCCACAUCCAGCUUCUUCUCCUUCAGGAUGUUCUCCUUCACCGGCGACUCUAACAAUAUCUACCUGCACUGCCAGGUCCAUCUGUGCCUGCUGGAGGGCGGUAACUGUGCAACGUCCUGCGGUGGAAGUGAAGCACGAGGACGCAGAUCCGUGAACUUCCACGAUUCAGCUUUCAUCAGUAUGGGAUUCUGAUCGGCUUCGUCCGACACUCGUCUGUGUAGCAGGGCUUUGUAUUAUUUUUUUGUUUGCUAAGGUUAAUAAGUGCUGCAAUUUUAUUCCUUCUAUUUUAAUCUGAAAAUUUUUCUUAUCACUGAAAAAUUGUGAUUCUUCUACUCAGUAAAAAUAAACCUGUUUGCAAAUAUAAAA